AUACCACACGCGUACGCGGCAUUCUCCUCGGCGCGGGUUGCCGAGACGCGUACGCGGCAUUCUCCUUAGGUGCGGGGGUUCCUCUCGAGUCUCGGCAACGACGAAAACGAAAAUACCGAGUCGAGUCAGCGAUGAAUCCCUUCGCCAAAAAACCAACUCCGCGAGAGGUGAUGCGGAGCAGCAAGCGGGACCUGACGAAUGCUACGCGAGGGAUCGAGAGGGACAUUGCGUCAUUACAGCAGGAGGAGAAGAAACUCGUUGCUGAAAUUAAAAGGACAGCAAAAACUGGCAAUGAGGCAGCAACGAAAAUUCUAGCCCGUCAGCUGAUCAGGUUAAGGCAGCAGAUUUCUAAUUUGCAAGGUAGCCGAGCUCAGAUUCGGGGGAUUGCGACACAUACUCAGGCAAUGCAUGCCAACACUUCAGUGGCUACUGGUUUACAAAGUGCGAGCAAAGCAAUGGGAGCUUUGAAUAAGCAAAUGGAACCUACCAAGCAGAUGAAAAUAAUGCAAGAAUUCCAAAAGCAGUCAGCACAAAUGGAUAUGACAAAUGAGAUGAUGUCUGAUUCAAUCGAUGAUGUCUUAGACGAUGACCAGGCCGAGGAAGAAACUGAAGAACUUGCUAAUCAGGUUCUGGAUGAGAUUGGUGUAGACAUUGCAUCACAGUUGUCCUCGGCUCCCAAAGGAAAAAUUGCUGGGAAGAAGGUUCAGGUUGAUGGAAGUUCGGAGUUGGAGGAACUAGAGAAGAGACUGGCUGCUCUAAAAAAUGCAUAAGAUCAGUUUACAACCCUCUCCUCUAUGCACAUAGCAAGCCUGCCGUGUACCUUAAUUCCAAAUCUUCAUUCGACACGCAAAGUCACUGUGAUUUGUAUGUAUCAAAAGGAAGAUGAUGCAAACCCCCAAGUUUUUGGGCGAAUCGAUGUUGCUGCUGUUCGUACACACUCACGCAUAAGAUGGGGCUGUGCUGCCUUAUUAGCGACAUGAUUCAGAGCAAGGGAUUCCAUAGUCUUGUAAAGAAGUUUGAUUAUUUUUACAUGACAGCCUUUUGUUUUUGGUCGUUCGUUA